AUGGAUUUGCACUAUUUAGAGUGGUAUAACUUGUUUAAGGUAUACUGCAAUUUAUAUAAUUAGCUGUUGUUUACUUCGAUGGCUACCAAAAUCUGUCGGAAGUCAAAUAUGGUAAUUUAGUUCCAAUCUCUUCAGUAAAUUUCUGAUCCAAAUAAAAAUAUGAGUAUAAUAAUUUCCAUUCUGAAUUCACAUCUUAAAUUAAGGCAACCAGGAUAAAAAUUAUUUAAAAACUCAUUAUUCAAAAUAAUUAUUAUUGUAUUUAAGCAAUAAUAUAUCUUGUGA